AUGGCUCUGGAGAUGGAGAUGAUGAGAUUAGUAGCAGCUCACAUGCGUCUCUUGAAAGAAGAGACGAAAGCGGUGCUCAUGUGUCAAGUCCAUCAGAGAAGAGAUACAGAUGCAGUGAGUGCAGAGAAAGUGGUAAGCUGUUGUUUUGCUCAAGCGAUGGAUGUGAAGUCAUGGUUCAUGAGAACUGAGUAUCUUCAGUCACAAGAUGAAGUUGCUAAGGCGAAGGAGAAACUAGUUUCGUUUCUUAGUGUAAUGUCAGAUGUUAACAAGAACAAGAAGAAGAAAGCUAAUGAAGGAUAA